AUGGCUUCUGCAGCUGCCGAGAACGCUUCACCGAUUGGUAUUGCCAAUCUGCCCAACCAGCGACACAAGAUUGUCGCGAAGCGUGGCGCCGGUUUCACUAUUAUGGUUGCUGGCGAGUCUGGUCUGGGCAAGACUACCUUCAUCAACACUCUUUUCUCUACCACCAUCAAGAACUAUGCCGACCACAAGCGCCGCCACCAGAAGCAGGUUGAUAAGACUGUCGAGAUCGAGAUUACCAAGGCCGAGCUUGAGGAGAAGUUCUUCAAGGUCCGACUGACCGUUAUCGAUACACCCGGAUUCGGCGACUACGUUAACAACCGCGAUUCUUGGAUGCCCAUUAUCGAGUUCCUCGACGACCAGCACGAGUCUUACAUGCUUCAGGAGCAACAGCCCCGCCGCCAGGACAAGAUUGACCUUCGUGUCCAUGCCUGCCUUUACUUCAUCCGCCCUACCGGCCACACCCUCAAGCCUCUCGAUAUUGAGGUCAUGAAGCGCCUCUGCUCGCGUGUCAACCUUAUCCCCGUUAUCGCCAAGGCUGACACCCUCAGCCCUGCCGACCUGGCCAAGUUCAAGCAGCGUAUUGUCUCUGUCAUUGAAGCCCAGAACAUCAAGAUCUACCAGCCCCCGAUCGAGGAGGACGAUGAGGCUGCUGCUCAGCAUGCCCGCAGCCUUAUGAACGCCAUGCCUUUCGCUGUUAUCGGCUCCGAGAAGGACGUCAAGACCGGUGAUGGCCGUAUUGUCAAGGGCCGACAGUACUCUUGGGGUGUUGCCGAGGUUGAGAAUGAGGACCAUUGCGAUUUCAAGAAGCUCCGCUCUAUCCUGAUCCGAACACACAUGCUCGACCUUAUUCACACCACCGAGGAGUUGCACUACGAGGCUUACCGCGCUCAGCAGAUGGAGACCCGCAAGUUCGGCGAGGCUCGUCCCCGAAAGCUCGACAACCCCAAGUUCAAGGAAGAGGAGGAGGCUCUCCGAAAGCGUUUCACCGAGCAGGUCAAGAUCGAGGAACAGCGUUUCCGCCAAUGGGAGCAGAAGCUCAUCUCCGAGCGCGACCGUCUCAACAAGGAUCUCGAGCAAACCCAUGCUCAGAUCAAGCAGCUCGAGCAAGAGCUGGAGCAGAUGCAGGGCAGCGCUGUCCGCAGCCACGGUCGCCGCUAA